AAGCUGGUUGAAACUGUCUUGCCUGUGCACUACAAAAAAGGAAAUCCAAUUUAAGUAAUAUUCAGAAAUCUUUUUUUUAAACAGGAGAAUGUAUUUUUCUUUUCACUUCCACGGACACAUCCAGACUGUCAAAUGCAAACGUGUGCUCAAUGGAUAACCAUCUGACAAUGACAAGUGCAGCUGUUAGGUAAGGCUCUAAACCUUCCUUAAUUCAGGUGGAGCAUUUUGCCUUUUUAUAUGCCGGGAUUUACAGAAUUAACUUCUAAAAGCUGAAAACAGAGACAGCUUUGAGAUGGGUUGUUCCCCAUCGAGGGGAAAUAAAUUCCAUGGAGCACAGGAAAAAUUCAAUAAAGGAAAAACUUUGCUGCCACGGACCAAGGGAACCCCAGAAGAUGGACAGUCUGAUGAUGGAGGAAAUGUAAGUUCUGGUGGAGGUGAGACAGAUGGAGAAGCUUGUGAAACAAGGACAAUAGGAGAAAAGAGACUGGACAGCGAUACAAUUUCUGUUCCUUCUGUCAAGAAACACUCUGUGGGUGAACAAGGGGCAGCAACGAUUACCUCAGACAGACUGGACACACAAGAGAUUUCAAUAAAUUUAUCAUCACAAAGAAAAGAGAAACACACAGAAAAGGAAGAGGAAAAGAAAUAUGAGAAAAGGGGUGCAAGGAAGACAAAGAAUCCGAAAAAUUUAAAACCAAGCAAAAAGAAAGAUAAGAGGAGAAAAUCUGCAACUGACAAGAAGGUGGAUUUUCCAGAGCAACUUGUGAAAGCUCACCAAGCGGCAUAUGGAUAUCUUAAUCCCAGUAUUGACAAAUAUGAAUUGCUUUUGGGUUUAUUAGAUCAUGCAGCACAAACUCACAUUUCUUUGCAACCCAUGGCUGCAUUUAUGGCUCUGCGGUAUGAAGAGUUCAACCAAGGCCUAGAAAAAAUUGUUGAAGAAGGAGAGAAGCUUUUAAAAGACCAUGGAGGACAUUUGGCUUGGCCAUGCAAUGUGAAAAAUCUUUCUUCUUCUGGCAAACCCACUACCACUGAACCCCCACCUGACUUACUUCAACAGCUACUUCAGUAUACUGUUCAGAGGAUGCGUCUUGUGGGACAAUCUGUGAAAGGGAUUGGGGACACAGCCCUUGAGGAGGCAGUGGAUUAUUUUUCUUUUAUAUCUGAAGUCCUAGAGGAAAAACUAAAUGCAAAGCGUGCAGUUGAGGCUAGGCUAAUGCAGCUGCUAACUCAAAUUGAAGUUGGCACCGUACAAAGACCUGGACCAGAAGAUUCAACAUUGUUUAGUGAAGACAGUGGUAUUGGUGUAGAAAGCGAGUCACUGGCCGGAUCAGACAGACAUCGCCAUCGGAGAGAAAGCUGUGAAUCAACUGAGUCCAGUCACACAGUUAUUUACGGUCCUGAAAACACUACCCCCGUCCACCAAGCCUCCUCUAAACUUAAUGAAAAAAUCAGCCACAGCAGCUCUGUAACCUCCAUUGACUCCACUUGUACUUUUACAGGUAAGGUGUUCGGAGACACAGAAUCUUUGCUUGGUUCUGUCUCCUUGGAUGAUGGUGAGGAAGAAGAAGAAGACAACAGUGAGGGCAACGAGGAAGAACAAGUUGAGGGUAAAAUGAGGACACGUUCAAGCUCUUCUCCACCUGAUCCUGACCAUCAAACACCAUGCAUGCCUAUAAAGCGAAUAGAAAAUCCACAAAAUGUAGAGAUGACAUUAAAAAUGAAGGAUGCCAUAAGUGAACGGAUUCAUUUUGUUGCCUCUCAACACUCAGGAGAAAAGAUCAAACCUGGAAUCUCAAAGACCAAUGAUCAUCAGUGGAUGGAAGAGGGGGAAAAAAGUCCCAAAAGACCACAGUCGGCUAUUCAUCAAGCAACUAAAAGAAAAACAAGUUGUUCUGUUACAAAACAGCAUCGUUCAAGAUCAGCAGAGUCUCUGCGUAGUAAAUCAGAUGACCCCACACUUCUUGAACUGGAAAGGACACAAAAAGUGUUGAAUAAGAGGCUGGAAAAAAUGGGAAUGGUCAGAACUGAACAAAAUGCAAAAAAAGAGAUUUCAAAGCCAAGAAAGCAAAUACAGUCUAGCCAACUACGUCCUUUAAAUUUAACUUCAUCUAAUAGUCAGCAAAAGCCACUCAGUCAAAAGAGAGUUACAGGAAAUCAGGAGGAUGAAAAGGACAAAAAGAUCUAUCUAAAAAUCUAUAAAACUGCUAAAGGACCCAUGAAGGCAACAUCCCUUUCAAGUCCACCACCAUCACCCCAACAACUCUUAGAAAUGUCUCCAAGAGGAAAUUCUGUAAAGAAACUGAUUGACACUUUCAGUCAUGGAAUGGAUGAAAGGAAACAGUUUCAUGAAAGUUCAAAAAAGCUUGGACCUCUUAAAGGGGUUAGGAAGUAUGGGGUUCCAGUCAUUCCAGGUUUGGGAAGUGAAGACUUUUCAAGGAUUAAAAAUGACAACAACAAUCAAAAGGAAUCGACAACCUUGGAUAAUCAAGAUAAUAUUGACAUGGACAACCUACCACCACCUCCUCUGGAGGUUCUCAUGGAUAAUUCUUUUGAAAAUGUAGAAAUGAGCAAAAAAGAUGAAAAAGUGAACAGAGGGGGACAGUCUAUCCUGCCAAAGACAACCAGCAUGUCUCAAAAACUCCGUACCUCCAUGCAAUCUGUUACAGUACUACCUAGCAAGGGAAGUGUGAGAAAGAGUUCUAACAGCAUAUCGCCUGCACAAAAUAUUGCCCUGCACCCCAGUGGGGUGGCUAAGAAUAGCCAAGUUGCUUCCACAACUAGUGGAAUGAGGAAUGAGGAGGCUGCCUCACUUUACAAGCAGGCUCGAAAAAUUAUUCACUUGCAGUAUUCAUCUAAUUCUCCCACAGAGAAAUCUUCUGCUGACAAUGACAACAUUCAACAACUCACUCAAAGCAGUAUCGAAAGAAAUCAGGAGGACAAAAAGAUCCCUGAAACAGUGCCUUCCACUGCAACUGCUGAAAAUCAAUCCCCUGACACUCCAGCUGUAUCCAGGACCCGCAUUUUACCCUCUACACCUGUUGUUCACCGCAGACUACCCAGUCCUCCUGUUUCUAAAAAACAACCAAUUUCAUCUAGUUCAUCCAGUCCGUUAAUAUUUCGCAAACUUCCUACACCACCCCCAGGCAGCCAACGGACAUUACCUAGUACCCCCAAUACUCAAGAUGCCAUGCCAAGCUGCAUUUCUGGAUUAACCUACCCUUUUAAGGCACCAUCUCCCCCUGCCUCACCAAAAGUGCAGCGACGGUUUCGAGAUAACAAUAGUGAGGACUCAAGAGUAUUUAGCAAUGCUCGCUCGGUUUUUUGUCCAGCCUCAUCGUCUUUGUUUGAGGCAAAACCGUUUCCUAUACCUAAACCCCCACAGGCGUGGAGCUCCUCUGGAAGCAGCAUACUACCUCGCCCCUGGGCUGACCGUGGUAGGAUGCCUACAUCUGUCCGAGGGCCACAGCCUUUCAUUCGGCGUAGUCAGUCUGACCACAGACCAAGCCUCAGCCAUCCACCUAGAGCUCCAGUAGUAUCUAUUGCCCAGUCUUGUGGGAGUGAACCAGCUAUCAGUACUCAGGGGCUGGAAGAUGCUCCAAUCAGAGAUACCUGGAACAAGCAGCUGGAGCUUAGAGAAGCAAAUCGCUCUUCCUCACACCCAGACCUGUGCAUUGUGGGUCAGGCUUUACAAUGUGAAUGACUGACCUGAAGGAGGGCCAAGUAGGAUUAUGGAUUAGUAAAUGUAAAUGCGAUUAAGACUGUUUUCCACUGGGAUGAGGAGGCAUAUUGUUGAGAAACCUUCUUUACUUUAUGUGUCUGCCUUCAUCAUUUACAUGUAUUUUUAAAUAAAAUUACAUAUUCAUAAAGUCUUUACAGUUAGUGUAUGGCCAUUUUGAUGUCUUUUAGAUGACUUCAAAACCAGGACAAAAAAAAAACAGAUCAUACAGGGAGUAGACAUGGCUCAGAAUUACAAUCAUGGAGAUAUGAAAAAAUAUUCUGUUAACAAACAGCACAGAUGUGUCAUGUGAUCAUAAUUAUUAGUGUACCAUAAGCUUCUGCAUAUCCAUGAGCCUUGAAGCAUUUUUUAAAAUAUGUAUGCUGCAUUUGUAACAAUGGGGUUUGGCAAAGCAGCACUUAUAUCUAAC